GUCCUUAAAAAUUUCAAUCCUUUCCUACGGAAAAUUUGGAACUUCAGCACAGUUCACAGCAAAAAAUCCAAUUGAGGCAUAUAUACAAAAUUUAACAGUUCCAAAACAAUGGUUUAAACAUUAUUAUAUUGUUGGGACUCUUUGGGCUACAUUUCUUAUUACCGAUGUCAUUAUUUUACGAAAUAGAAAUAGAGGAUAUUUUGCAUGGUUCGUUCAAAUCUUUGAUAGUGCUGAAAAAUAUGAGCCAGAGUAUUUUAAAGAGCCAGUUAUAGAAUGUUUAAUAGGAUUGUUAAUGUUUCAAGUUCAGACUGUUAGAAGAAUGUAUGAAUGUUUUUUUAUUGAAAGGCCUUCAGUUGGCGCCAAAAUGCAUAUAGGACUUUAUCUGUUAGGAUUGGCUUUUUAUAUUGCAACUGGAUUGUCUGUGUUUAUUGAAGGCAUUGGAAAUUUUGGAAUUCUUUAUAAUAAGG